UUCUCUUCUCUGGUUUUUUACUCUCUAUAUACAUUUAUUUGUUCAAUUCACUUCAUGGUAUCAGAGCCGUAGCUCGAUCCUUUUUUCUUCUAUGGCUACUGAAGAAGGCAAAUUAAGGAUGUCUACGCAAGGAACUACAAACACCACAGCCCACCUACAUGCUCAAUCCUUUGGAGCUCAAUAAUCCCUUUUACCAAAGACGUUGCAGCUUACGAGUGGUGAUCAACCAAACUUAUGUCUAGCCUCAAUUCCUUUGAGUGGAACUAAUUACUUUACUUGGUCUCAUAGAGUGUGGAACUCUUUAGUGGCCAAAGGGAAUGUUGGUCUUCUUACUGGGCAGAUUAAAAAACCAGCAGCCGGUACAGUCGAGCAUGAUGCUUGGACUAAAGUGGAUGCUUUAAUCCGAGGCUGGACACUAAAUUCCAUUUCUCCUGAAUUACAAGGUGCCUUCAUCUUCGUCUCUACAGCAAAGGGACUUUGGGAGAACCUAUAGGAGAAGUAUGGUCAGGCCAAUGGAUCUUCUAUAUAUCAAUUGAAGCAGUUGCUUGCCAGCCUAAAGCAAAGUGAUGAUUCACUCACAACUUAUGCAACAAAACUUCAAGAACUGUGGGAAAAGCUGCUCACAGUAGACCCUCCACCUGAAUGCUCAUGUGGUAUGCACCACAAACUCAUGGCUCGUAUGGACAUAGAUCUAUUAAUUUAGUUUUUAACAGGUCUAGGAGACUCCUAUGAAUCAGCAAAAGGCCAAAUACUAUUAAUGGAUCCUCUCCCAAAUAUGAACAAGGCGUACUCCUUAUUCUUACAAGUUGAAAAACAAAGAGAAAUUCACAUUACAAAGGAACAAAGUGCCUUUAUGAUUAUAAACAGAAAUACUGCAUCUAAGAAGACAACAUAUAAGAAACAAGCACAAGUUGAAAAGAAGAACCAAAUAUGUGAUCACUGCAAGAGAAAAGGACAUUCAAAGGAAUCUUGCUUUCAACUUCAUGGUACUCCUGAUUGGUACAAAGAGAUAGUUGAAAAGAGAAUGAUGGUUGGAUGCGAUGUAUAUAAGCAGAAACAAGACACAACUGAGUUAAAGCAAACUCAUCUUGACAUAAGUGCCAUGAUCAAAGCUGAACUUCAGAAGCUUCUGCUGAGCCAUUCCAAUGCGGACUCCCCAGUUGAGCUCUCCAAUGCUGCAAUUGAGUUUUCAGGACCCAUCCUCUAAUCAAGUCCUAGCAGUGGGAAGGCAAAAACAUAACCUAUAUAUCCUGAGAUGCUCCUCUGCUCCAGCUCACAACUUAGCUUCUGUAACUACUCUGACCAAGUCUUAAUUGUGGCAUUACAGACUUGGACAUGCCUCUGAAACUACUCUUAAACACUUACCUUUUGUUACAACUUCAAAUUGUAGUCCAUGUGAUAUCUGUCAUGAAUCAAAACAAACCAGAUUGCCUUUUAAUAAAAGCUCUUCUUGUGCUUUGCAUGCAUUUGAUCUUCUUCACAUGGACACUUGGGGACCUUAUAAAACAGCUACUCUUAAUGGUUGUCACUAUUUUCUCACAAUUGUAGAUGACUAUUCAAGAGCCAUAUGGACUUACCUCUUACCAAAUAAACAAAACAUCCACACCAUUCUUGACUCCUUCAUUGCUCAAAUUCAUAAUCAGUUUGGAACUACCAUAAAAAAAUUCGAACUGAUAAUGGAUCUAAAUUUCUUAACCACAGCUGCAAAACCCUGUUCCAAAAACAUGGCAUCCUACAUCAUCACUCCUGCCCCUAUUCACCUCAGCAAAAUGGUAGAGCCGAGAUAAAACAUAAACACCUCUUGCAAAUUACCAGAGCUUUGUUGUUUCAAGCUCAUCUACCUACCAACUUUUGGGGGGACGCCCUUCUACAUGCCACAUUUCUAAUGAACAGAUUGUCCUCCUCUGUACUUGGUUGGUCCACACCUUUUGAACUACUGCAUCACACCAAACCAACCUAUAAUGACCUUAAGACCUUUGGUUGUCUUUGCUAUGCUACAAAUAUUGACCCUGCCAAAUCCAAACUUGAUCCACGAGCCCAUAAGUGCAUAUUCCUUGGUCUACCUGCUGGACAAAAGGGAUAUAAACUCUUAGACUUAGGACGCAACAAAAGAUUUGUGGCAAGAGAUGUUGUGUUCUAUGAGCAUAUUUUCCCAUUUAGCUCCCUUUCAAGGUAUCCUAUAGCUCCUUAUGCUCCUGCUCCCUUUCCGUCGUCCAUUCCUGAUCCUCUUGAACUCUUACCUCAAAUUCAGAAUACAUACCCUCCUUUACCUCAAACCAUAUCCUAGCUUCCUGUGUCUCAGUCACCUCCUACCUCUCCAUCUCAAUCACCUCCUAACUAUCUUUCAUCUAAGGAACCUGAUUUGUCUCCUGGGUAUUCAUCUCCCUCUUGGCCAGCCAUGUUACCCAAUUCACCAAACACUGCACCCUCUUCUCCACUAUAUAUUCCACCCAAAAGACAAAUCAGACAGCCUGUUUGGAUGAAGACUAUGUUUCCUCUUUUCAUUAUUCACCCUCUUUUCCUAAGUCAUUCAUGCAUAUUUGGCAUAGUGUUGCUGCUGUUACUUGCCAAGAACCUGCUUUUUAUGUACAGGCCCAACAGGAUUCCCGGUGGAUGGCAGCUAUGAAUGAAGAGUUGGAAGCCCUUGCCAAAAAUGACACAUGGGAAAUCACACACCUAUACCCAAAGACGUCAAACCAAUUGCAUGUAAGUGGGUGUAUCGUAUAAAAAGACAUUCAGAUGGGAGCAUUCAGCGUUACAAGGCAUGCUUAGUUGCCAAAGGAUACUUACAGGUAUAUAGAAGGGAUUACAAUGAAUCAUUUGCUCCCGUAGCAAAGGUGGUAACAGUAAGAAUUCUCCUCACAAUAGCUUCCAUGAAUAUCUGAGAUGUUCACCAACUUGAUAUAAACAAUGCCUUGUUGCAUGGACAUCUCGAUGAAGACAUCUACAUGACUCCUCCUCAAGGAAGUAAUGUCCCAACAGGUCAUGUCUACAAACUUAAGUAAUCCCUGUAUGGCCUCAUGCAAGCACCACGACACGACAGUGGUAUAAGGAACUUGCAGCCAAGUUGAUUAAGUAUGGCUUUGAGCAAUCCUCACAUGACUCUUGCUUAUUCACUCUAUCAGUUGGAACAGACUUCACAGCCCUACUGGUGUAUGUCGAUGAUAUCCUAUUAACAGGGAAUGAUCCAUCAUGCAUUGACAAUCUGAAAGAAUUUUUACACCAAGAAUUCACCAUCAAGACAUUGAGCACAGUUGAUCUAUUCCUUGGAAUUCAAAUUGAAAGAACAGAUACUGGCCUUGCUGUCUCUCAACAUCAGUUUAUUGAUGAUAUUUUACAAGAAGCAGGAUUACUUCAUUCCAAUGCAUGUGCCACACCGGUAUCCCCUGGCUUGAAGUUGGCGCAUCAGAAUGGGCAUGCCUUAGCUAAGCCUGAGGCUUACAGACGUCUAGUGGGUAGGUUGCUUUAUCUGACUACCACAAGACCAGAUCUUUGUUAUGCAAUUCAACAACUUACUCAAUUUAUGGAUGCACCUACAUCUGAACAUUGGAAGGCAGCCCAACGAAUCCUCAAAUACUUGCAAGGUACAAAGCAUCUCCGUCUUUUCUUCCCUUGCAAAGGACAGUUCUCUCUUACAGCCCUCUGUGAUGCUGAUUGGGCAAGUUGCUUGGACACCAGAAAGUCACUAACUGGCUAUUGUCUAUUUCUUGGACCAUGUCUUAUCUCUUGGAAAACCAAAAAGCAACCAACCAUUGCCAAAUCCUCAGCCGAAGCUGAAUAUAGAGCAAUGGCAACUACUAUCUCUGAAUUACUGUGGAUAACAUAUCUGCUUCGGGACUUCCGCAUUAACAUGUCCACACCGACUCUAUUAUACUGCGAUAACUUGUCUGUUAUUCACAUGGUUAAAAAUCCGGUGCAUCAUGAGCGUACGAAGCAUAUUGACGUGGAUUGUCACUUUAUCCAUCACUACUAUGAAGCGGGGUUCUUUAAACCAAUUCAUAUUCCAUCUUCUCAGCAAGUAGCUGAUGUGUUCACCAAAACUUUGUCAUCUGUAUCCUUCCAUGAUGCUUGUAUCAAGCUGAAUCUGGGUUUUAUUAGCCAUCGUCCGCUUGAGGGGGGUGUGUUGAGUAACAAUACCCAAUUACAUGCCACCUCUCACAAUUCCAUCUCAUAUCCUCUACUGGAACCUGGCUAGCAGUUUGUUAUAACUUAUUCUUCUAUAAGUUAUUUAUGCAGGGACCACAUGAUGUGGAUUCCAAUUUGUUACACGGUUAUUUCAUUAUGUAUAUAA